GAAGCACAUUACAAAGGCCACAAACACGCCAGAAAACUCAAGGCUGUCGAAGCUGCCAAGAGCAAGCAGAGGCCACAAACCCUGGCCCAGGAUGGGGUGCUGGUGUCCCCAACCCCGACUUCAGCCAGUGGAUCCCCAGGAGAGCCGCAGAACAAAGCAGUUCCUGAGGCCCUUCUUCCUGGACCCCAACACCAGCCACCGCUGACUCCGGACCCCACGCCCAGGGAGCCGGCCCACUCAGACCUCUUGGAUGCUGCCUCCUCUUCUUCUUCCUCCUGCCCACCCUGCUCCCCAGAGCCUGGGAGAGAGGCGCCAGGGCCUGAGCCAGCAGCUGCUGCUGUGGGAACUGGUGUGAGUGUGGAGGGCAGGAGCGAGAAGGGGCGCCUCUAUUGCCCCACGUGCAAGGUGACAGUGAACUCUGCCUCCCAGCUUCAGGCUCACAACACAGGAGCCAAGCACCGGUGGAUGGUGGAAGGUCAGCGAGGUGCUCCCCGAAGGGGCCGGGGCCGCCCAGUUCCCCGGGGAGCUGGACACAAGGCCAAGAGAGUGGCAGGGGGCCAGGGGGGCCGACAGGGGCCCAGCCCUCCUUUUCACUGUGCUCUGUGUCAGCUCCAAGUCAAUUCAGAGACCCAGCUCAAGCAGCACCUGAGCAGCAGGAGACACAAAGACCGCCUGGCUGGGAAGCCCCCCAAGCCCUCCAGCCAGCACAGCAAGCUGCAGAAGCAUGCAGCGCUGGCUGUGAGUGUCCUCAAGUCGAAACUGGCCUUGCAGAAGCAACUCACCAAGACGCUGGCGGCCCGCUUUCUGCCCAGCCCGAUCCCAGCCGCAGCUGCUGCCAUCUGUGCCCUGCCAGGGCCCCUGGCCCUCCGGCCUGCUCCCACAGCAGCCACCACCCUCUUCCCAGCUCCCAUCCUGGGCCCAGCUCUGUUUCGUACCCCAGCAGGAGCUGUCCGCCCUGCCACAGGGCCCAUUGUCUUUGCCCCCUACUAGGCUUCCUGGGGAGGCCAGGGCUCAUUUCCCAGCAGUUGCUGUCCCCACUUCCUCUUCCCAAGAUGCCUCAGUUUCCUCCAUCCCCAGGAAACUGCCUUUUACAGCCGAGGGCUUCCUGCCCAAUCUAGGAAGAGCUGGGCUAGUUUCAAGGGCAUCUGCCUUUACCCAGUCUGGUCUAGGGACUCCACUACUACCCUCCUGGCCCAAGGACCUUCCAUCCACCCUCCUUUCCCCAGCCUUCUCAGGCUACUGCUGGGCUCCCCUGCAUUGCCCAGCCUGAUUUAUGGGGAGCAAACUGAGAAAUCCCAAAGAUCUAUGCAAAAUCCUAGCCCCAGCCCCAUGGUGCUCUCAUUUCCCCCACUCGAGACCUAUACCCCCAUGGCCAGAGGCCCUAGGAAUCUUAACUUUGAGCUGGGGACAAGUCUGCAGGGGAGGCCCUCCCCAUUUACUCGAUUCUCCAGAGAAUCACUGAGGUGGCAGAUGGGGUCUCAAGCUGGAGAGGGUUCAAGGCUAUCUGGACAGGGUGACCCUGGGGGAGUGGAAGAAGACUGUGGAGGAGAAAGGGAGCAGUGCUACGUGGGGGCAAAGCCAAAAUGGGGCUGGGGCUGAAGGCUUUUGGGGUUCCUUUGCUCUAACAAGAUGGCGCUAGGAGAGGGGUAGGUGAGGGUGAUUUUCUGGCUGGGCCCAGUUUUAACAGAGGUGAUCAACCCCACACAAGCUCUCUCCUCAGCCUUUGAUUCCUUGUGAACCCCACCUGGGUGGGGGGAAGCACUGGGUCUCAGACUCUGGACCCAGCAAACACCAACCUCCCUACGCCAGGGCUCCCAAACAGCUUUCCCCUCCAGCUCCUCACCCCAAGCUGGUCCCUAACACCAAAUUCAGCUUCCCCUCCUUCCAACUAGCACCCAGCCCCCUUCACUGUGAAACGGAGUGUUGGGAUCCAGGAUGACAUACUCUCAAGACCUAUUUUCAUGUUGUCAAAGUCAAUGUCACAACCCCCAUCCCACCCCCAGCACUGCUCCUUCAUCCCACAAUAUGGGACUUUGCCAGUAUCCACCUGUAUCUUUUCUUUUUUUAGAUAUUUCCAAUGGGAGGACAAGAAGGGGGGAGGGAAGGGAAACUUUUUGAUAACAGUUGUGGUUUUAUUGUGUCCAACACAUCAAUAAAUGAAUUCAAGCCCGA